UAAUUUAUAUAAUAAAUUGACAUAAGUAGUAUAUAAAACAAAUUGACAUAAUAAGAAAAGCAAAAAUGGUAUGAGUGUACGUACAUAACCCCAGAUCCCCCCUCCCCCUUGAAUCAAUAAAGUACACAUAUACAAAAAAAUGAAGAGUUGCAGCCACCAAACCCACACGAGGAGCCGUUCUAGUUGUGUAGAUUGUGGGGACACACUUCCAUGCAUGGGGACCUCUUCUCCCAUGCCGGUGCUCUCCAUUAUUCUCUUAUCCUUCACGUUUUUCCUCUCUCUCUCAAUUUCUCACUAUUUUUAAAAUCACUAUCUCUGUUUCACUCUUCCUUCCUCGCGGCUUCUUUUAUAACCAACACAACAGCUCCACUGAUCCAUCAAUGGGGCUCGUCAAAUUCCUCAAACGCAAACUCACCAGAUGUCAAACACCCCUCGCCGUCGCCGUCGAUCAUCCCCAAAACCACCGCUUCUCCUGGGAGGAUAUACAGAGUCUGACGGCGGAUUUCGCCACCGUCAUCGGCUACGGCGGGUUCAGCACGGUCUACCUGGCCCAAUUCCGGCAGUCCGCCGCCGCCGUGAAAGUGUGCUGCAGCAGCCAGCGCGUGUACGAGGCGUUCAAGCAGGAGCUCCAGAUUCUGCUCCACAUCCGCCACCCAAACAUCGUGAAGCUCCUCGGCUACACAGAGGAUCACGGCGCCCUCAUCAUGGAGUACGUCCCCAACGGCACCCUGCACCACAAGCUCCACGCCUCGCACGCGCCACUCACGUGGGAUCAACGCGCCGCCGUGGCCUUCCAGCUCGCCACCGCCAUCGCCUUCCUCCACGACACCUGCGCCCCUCACAUCGUCCACGCCGACAUCAAGCCUGCCAACGUCCUUCUUGACCACGAUCUAAACUGCAAGCUCUGCGAUUUCGGAUCUGCGAGGGUCGGAUUCUCCUCCGCGGUGGCGCCGACGAUCAUCACCGGCUCCCCCGGCUACACCGAUCCCCUGUAUCUGAGAACUGGUUUGGUUUCGAAGAAGAACGAUGUGUACAGCUUCGGUGUUGUUCUUUUGGAAUUGAUCACCGGAAUUGAGGCUUUCUGCCCAUCCACCGGAGAGAGGCUGGCGGGGAGGGCGAGAGACGCGGCGGAGAUGGUGGAUCCGCGGUUGCGCCUCGGGGAGGCUGCUCUCGGAGAAGUUAGAGCGAUGGCGGCGCUCGCCGCCCACUGCAUUUCGGAAACGCCGGGAAUUAGGCCUUCUGCUUCUGAUAUUUUGACCACCAUGAGAAGCGCGAUUCCGUCUUUGGCGUUCAUGUUUCAGAAGAAGCUUUUGUAGAUACCUACAUUAUACAUACAUACAUACGUACAUUUGUGUGAUUGUGAUUUAGAUUGUGGUGUAACUUAGUUAGGAUACACACUUGAAUUUAAUUUAUUGAUUUACCUUUUGAGCAAAUGUUUAUUUGAAUUUGGAAAAAAAAAUCUAGUUACUCCAA